AUGGAAAGCGAAAAACAAACUACUGAGAGAGAAACACCGCCUCAGCACUGGAGAAGUUGCAAGUUGAUUAUUGACCCUGCGUUGACAAAAGGACUGUACAAAGUCUUCCGUUAUGAUGGACAACAUUUUAACAUACCCGUUGAGGACUUAGGUCUGUUUCCUGUGAGUACUGUCAGAGAUCCCCGCAUCUGCCGCCUGUGGAGCAAAUGCAAUAAGACCGACCUUUUAGUGCCUAAAUUUAAGGUUGAUGAAUGGUACGUCGGCCCUGUUCCUCCCAAAGAAGUGACAUUUUCCGGGUUAAAUGACAAUAUACGGGAGACCUUCUUGACUAAUAUGUGCAAAAAAUAUGGGAAUGUGGAAGAAGUGGAAAUAUUUUACAAUCCCCAAAACAAGAAGCAUUUAGGGAUUGCAAAGGUUGUCUUUGACACGGUGGGGGCUGCAAACGAAGCUGUUCAGCACCUCCAUCAGAUGUCAGUGAUGGGAAAUAUUAUUCAUGUGGAAGUUGAUCCUAAAGGUGAAAACAGGGCGCGAUAUCUCCAGCUCCUCUUACGUGGCCUUUAUACUCCCUGGACGUUGCCAGUGGGCAGCAGUGAGCAAGCUCUUCAAAGCUUAAUCGACAGUUUGCUGGUAAACAUUUCAGGCAGCGCAGCCACACAGCGACGGGGCAGUGUCUCCAGCCCCACCAGCAUUGCUACACCACUCUCUCUGGACACAGCCUACUCCAGUAUUUGGCAGGAUACACCGUGCAGCUUUGGGCUUACACCACGUUCUCAGGGAACCCCCCGCACUCCUUGCUUGUCUGCGACUCCUCUCUCCCAGGACUCUUGCUACUCCAGUCUUCAGGCGACUCCGGUCCUCCAGGGGGAGCCCUCCGCCUAUAGUGUUCACAAACCUGUAAGGCGAGAGCUCUGCCAUCGCAAACCUGCGAGGUGUCACCGGGGAGCUAGCGAAGUCUCAGAUGUGAACUUAAUUUUGAAGCACUGCCAACCGCAGCCACCACACGCCCUGCAAACUAGCAGCCAGCAGCUUGCACUGUGGGGUCACAGGGCGCAAUCCUCUAGUCACAAUGGUACAGACAUGUCUUUUAACCUUGCCUCCCCCUGUCAAGAGUCCAGAGACGUGGUCCCUGCUCCCUUCAAGACUUUACCUCUGAACUGCAACUCUUUCAGUGUCCUGAGCAUUAAUUUCACAGUGGACCAGCAGACAGCAGCAUCCUCUCCACCUGAUGACCAUGCACACAUAACAGACUUAUCUCAAACUACUGUAAACUGUUCCUCCAGCAGCCCCCAGCCAGAGGUAGAGAGUUUGGACUCCCGCAUUGAAAAUUUGCUGAUAAACACCCAGAGCACUGACCCCUCAUACUGUGAUAGACAGACUUUGGAGGCUGGUGUGCACUCUCAGGACAGCCCGGCUUCACCUUGCUCAGCUAAUAACUCUCCUUUCUCAGAUGACUCACUUGUUUGCACUCCGGUGUCUUGUGGACCCUUCAGAACCAGCCACCAGCACUCCUACAAUGAUCUGGAUCAUCAUGCACCAAAUGAGGAUGAGGAGCACUCCAAUAACAGACAAUCUGAAGCUCUGGAACCAACAAAAGACAUCACUUCUCUUCCUCAGCCUCCACCAUUUUCUUCUCAACAACUUUCCCCCAAAGGUUCUCCUGCUAUUACAGCUAGAUGCUCCCAUCCACCAUUUGCCCCACUGCCUUUCCCUGUUCCCCCCUUUCCCCCAUCUAUUCCCCCUGUCCCACCUCGCCUGCCAAAUGGCACCAUUCCCAUCCCACCUCCAGGUUGGAUUCCCCCUCCAGGCCCUCACAUCAGGAUCCCCAUUCCUCCACCUCCUGUUCCACCUCCUCCUUCUAUUCCUCCUCCACCAGCUUUUCUGAGACCCCCUCCACCUUUGUUGGUGCUGCCUUCUGUUCCGCCUCCUGUGUACACGUAUCCCUUGCCCAUGCAGCCUGCAGGUCUUUUUGAUAAGGGGAAUCCUCCGAGGCGUGGCAACGCACCUUUACCAUUCCCUCGACCACCUUGGCCCACGCCUCCUUUUCCCAGUUUUAACCCCUUUGUGCCACCACCAGACUACCGGCUUGUGCGAGAAGACCCUCAUAAGGUCACAGUAGAAAAAGUUUUAGAAGUCCUCAUGGAUGAACUGAAGUCAAUCCUUAAGAAGGACAUUACACGUAGAAUGAUUGAAGGGGUUGCUUUCAAGGCAUUUGAGGACUGGUGGUACUGUCAAGAGAAAAAAACAAAGUGUGACAGAGAUAAUGAUGGUGAUGAUGACGACAAUAAUCAUCCCGAGGAAGAAAACGAAGUGGCACAAAAACACGCGGAUGAUGAAGUAGCCGUCAUCUCCCACACUAGUGAUGAAGUGCAUUGCUUAGAUGGAGUUAUAGAGACUUUUUCAGAGACCAGCUCCUCAGGGGAAAGCGAGUACUCGUCAGACUUCGACUCCUCUGACUUGUUCUCCUCAGAGAGCUUUGAGGACUUGUCUGACUCUAACCUCAGUCCUGAAGAUGGAGAAAUGGAGGAGGACGACGAGGACAACAGGAGUGACCAGUGUAUAGUGAUAACGUCAGAUGAAGAGUCAGUGGAGCUUGAGCCCCCCCUUAACUCCUCAGGUCCGCUAACCCCCGGCGCUCAGCUGGAUCUCUGCAAGCAGGCCUGGUCGGAUCCGUUCCAAAGGGAGGAAAGAGAGAACCAGUACACACCCUGUCAACAAGACACCUGUGACUUAGGUGCCCUGAUGGAGCUCCAAAGCAGUGAACCUCAGGACCUACAACCCCCCUCACCUCUAGGACUUCCAGCAGAGGAGCUGAACCUUGAUGUGGAGAUGGAGAACCCUGAAUGGACAGUGGAGUCUCUCGAAACCAUAGAAAACCUGAGGCCUCUCACUCCCACUGGCUGCUUGGUGGACAGUGACCCUGACCUUCUGAUUCAAAGCAAACCAACAUCUCCUGCCGUGGAGGAGGUGGAACGACCACAAACACCAGGGAAGGGGAUAGCAGCUGAACUGGAAAGUGAGGACUCAGAUGAAGCUAGUGAAGUCCUGUCCCUCUCCCAAGUGAGUGGUCUGCUCGUUCUAACUCCCUCCGAUCUCCCAGCGGCCCCAUACCUAUUAUUCCAGGAGGUACCUAAAACUCCUGGUAGAGAGGAGAGAAGUGGAUGGACGCAGUACAGCUCUGGGAGGGCUCCAGCAACACCUGGCAGAGAGACGAUGUCAGAAGAUAGCACAGUGAUGUGCCCGCCUCUCAGCAGCCCACCACCUAUUCCAUCCCUGUCCAGCAAUCCAUAUAUAACAGCCCCAAAGACUCCUGGAAGAGACAUUAUCCUACCCCGAAGAGCAGUCGUCCACAGGAGGAAAACUCAAGUGAUGGCCACCUCACUGCCCCUGUUGUGUGACGACUCUCUCAGAGGCUCUCCCAUCACAGCGUCCUCUCCAUGCAGCCUCUCUGAAUCUUCAUCUGACACUGCCGAUGCCAGGGGUGUGUGGAUCAGUUCGUGUGUGAGAACGAAGCCCUUGCAGGGACUUGAGAAUAUGCCCGCCCUUUUGGAGGAGGAGAAAUCCUUCUUUAGGCGAAAGCAGUGGAGGAGGCUAAAGAGGAGAUGGAGAACCCAUUAUCGGCGGAGAUCACUUAAAAGAAGCACUGGUUCACUCUCUUACCGCAGUCGUCCUCACAGGUGGCAUUCACUGUGUGAGGAAAGGAGAAUCCUUCAUAGUGUUUGGAAGGAGGGUCUGGAUGAAGAAGAUGCAACGCUGCUGCAGUGUACGUAUGAAAGGCUGCAAGAGCAGGAUAAUGGCUUUGGGUGGCUCAGUGACACCCUCUGGAUACCUCACCCUCUGACAAAAGUCCUUGCAGAGAAGAGUGAGGAUGACAAAUCCUUGCAGCCAAACCACAGGACUGGCUCUGCUCGCAGUGAAGGCUUCUAUAAAAUCAGCAGGAAGGACAAAAUGAAAUACCUCAACAACACAAAGCCGGCCACUGAGCUUCCAUCUACGAGCACUCAGGGAAUGUCCAUCCCAGCCCAGCAACCGAGCUCAUUGUUGCGUGCUGGAUCUGACUUCAGGUCUGAACAGCGCCGCCUGCUAUCCUCUUUCAGCUGCGAUAGUGACCUGGUCAAGUUCAACCAGCUGAAAUUUCGAAAGAAGAGAAUUUGCUUCAGCAGGAGUCACAUCCAUGAGUGGGGGCUGUUUGCCAUGGAGCCUAUAGCAGCGGAUGAGAUGGUGAUUGAGUAUGUGGGCCAAAUCAUCAGACAGGUCAUUGCAGACAGGAGGGAGCGGAGAUAUGAAGAGGAAGGCAUCGGAAGCAGCUAUUUGUUCAGGGUUGAUCAUGACACCAUCAUUGAUGCCACUAAAUGCGGGAACUUAGCCAGGUUUAUCAACCACAGCUGCAAUCCUAACUGCUAUGCUAAGAUCAUCACUGUGGAGUCUCAGAAGAAGAUAGUGAUCUACUCCCGACAGCCAAUAAGCAUCAACGAGGAGAUUACAUAUGACUACAAGUUUCCCAUUGAGGAAACAAAGAUUCCUUGUUUGUGUGGAGCAGAUAGCUGCAGAGGCUCCUUGAACUAA